AAGGAGUCAAGAUGAAGUGUCGCCCUCCGUAUUUGUUGGUAUGAACGCACAACUCUCUCAACAAAAAAUGGCGCACCUGCACAGCUCGUUCUAGAGUGGUGAACGGGAAGCGCGGGAAGUGCCAGCGAUACCACCCCCAUAGCAUAACGUCGUCGAAGCAGCGCUACUAAACCUCGAAGCAGCUGCGCUGCUCCUCCAGUGAGACGAAGAUGACGGUUGCUCCCGGGGGUAAGGUCGCCCCGAAGGAGGUGACGAUGAAGGGCAUCGAGGAAACGGACGAUCUUUCCGAAAUCGAGAUUGUCGACGUCGAAAAUCUGAACGUGCCGGAAUGGUUGCGGGAGGGACUUUAUGCACUGCAAAAGUACGUCGACGUCCCAGCACAAAUCGCAUUAUACAACUUUUCUCAAGAUGAUGCAUCAAUUUGUCAUGUAAAACUGAAAAGGACGAUCUGUGGUCGUGCGGGUACGUCUGUCGUGCGGGUCGUAGAAGAUCUGUCGUGCGUACUGAAGACUGCGAUUAGAAGUACAACGAGUGCGAAACAAGUACUUUUGCACAGGAUAGGUCGAAGAGGCUGGACACGGAUGGGGAUGGUCUGGAGAGGGACGAUAUUACAAUGAAAAAUGCCCCUACCCCCAGAUUUGCAAAAAUUUGUCAUGCGAAGUUUCCAAAUGGAAACUUUUUGUCAUGCAUGAAAGGAGUAUGAAUCUUUCUGAUGCAGAGUCUAGGCAAGUAUCGCAUCGCUUGCAUGACCAGCGCCACUCUUGCUGGGAUGUUUUGCAAUGCAAAUUUUUGCUAUUCACGAGCGCGAUCGGAAAUCUGUGAUGCUGAUAGAUGCAAGAGGGCGAGUGUUUCAUUUGGAAAGGUUUGCAAUACAAAUGCUCCCAAAUUCGGGGUGGAGGGCAUUUUUCAUUGUAAUAGAGGAGGUGGAGGAUAUGCUCGACUACAUGAGCCGGGAGAAGCUCGCGGUGAAACUGAACCUCGCAGAACUGGACUAUGAAAGCCUCAGGCGGAAAAUUCUCAAAGUUGAAAUAACUUGUAAUGCAAAAAAACGACUCCGGUUGACGCUCCAUUUCUAGUCGGCGCAUGACAAAUUUACGGGGCACCUAAAGCGUGUCUGUCAUGCUGUUUGGUGCAAAGGGGUGCCCUUCUGUCAUGCUCGUCAGCAGCCCAAUCCUUAACACGUAGCAGGACAAUAGUCAGCCCCCAUUGCGUGCUCUGCAAUACAGUCACUCCAUGCGUCGCAUUUCAUGCAUUACAAACAAGGUCCGAGCACGGGGACAGAGUCCCCGUGCGGCGACCUUCCGGCAUUUGUCUGGGACGAGUUCGGGGGUUGUCGUGGUGGCGCACAGGGCGGGCAGGCCCCUGCAGCUCGGUGCCUCUGUGUGUCCUGCGCUCCCUGAUCCGCGACAGACCUACGGACGGAGCCCCUCUGCUUGCCCACACUAGAUCCGCUGGCCCACCGCGAACAGUGAAACAAAGAGAAAAGAAAGGAAGAAGCUGGCGCCGGGCCGGGUGCCGAUAGCGCCGGCGCCGCGUCUGUAGCUGGCCCCUAGGUCAUGACGCGGGGACCGAGUCCCCGCGCUGACCUAGGGCUUCUGCCCCUGGGCCGUGCUGUUAGUUUCCGGGAAGCGCCCGCAGCAGCUGGCCCCUAGGUCAUGACGCGGGGACCGAGUCCCCGCGCUGACCUAGGGCUUUUGCCCCUGGGCCGUGCGAUUUAUUAGCUUCCGGGAAACGCCCAAAGCUGGCCCCUAGGUCAUGACGCGGGGACCGAGUCCCCGCGCUGACCUAGGGCUUCUGCCCCUGGGCCAUGCGGUUAGUUUCCGGGAAGCGCCAAAAGCUGGCCCCUAGGUCAUGACGCGGGGACCGAGUCCCCGCGCUGCCCUAGGGCUUUUGCCCGUGGGCCGUGUGGUUAGUUUCCGGGAAAGAAGCGCCCGCAGCAGCUGGCCCCUAGGUCAUGACGCGGGGACCGAGUCCCCGCGCUGACCUAGGGCUUUUGCCCCUGGGCCGUGCGGUUAGAUAGUUUCCGGGAAACAAACGCCCAAAGCUGGCCCCUAGGUCAUGACGCGGGGACCGAGUCCCCGCGCUGACCUGUGCUCUCGCCCCUGGGCCGUGCGGUUAGUUUCCGGGAAACGCCCGAAGCUGGCCCCUAGGUCAUGACGCGGGGACCGAGUCCCCGCGCUGACCUAGGGCUUUUGCCCCUGGGCCGUGCGAGAAGCCCGCUCACUCCGGACACUUGAGCCCGCUCUGGAUAUUUAUUCGAUUCGGAUCCAGGUAUGUUUUCUGCUCUGGAUACCCAGGCUCUCUGCCCCCUGCUCUGAAUGUGGUAGCCGAGGGCGCGCCGGGGGUUUGUCUGGGGUGUGUCGGGGGUGUGAGACGGGGGUCCCUGGGGUGUGACGGGGGGGUUUGUCGGGGGUGUGUCUGGGGUGUGUCCGGGGUGUGUUCGGGGUGUGUGUUGCAAAUUGCAAAUCACGAUGCUACGCAGCCACAUUGCAUACCCCAGAACACACCCCAAAGCUUCAGCAGUUCUUGUCGGGGGGUGUGUGUCGGGGGUCUGUCUGGGGUGUGUUCGGGGUGUGGCCUGCAAAUUACAAAUCACGAUGCUACGGACCCACUUUGCAUACCCCAGAACACACCCAAAAGCUUCAAAAGUUCUGGUUUGCUGCAGUUUAAAUAGUAAUCAUUGCAACUUUGAGCAUUUCCAACCUGAGGCUUCCAUAUGGACUACACCAAGUUCCCCGCGAAGGUGCAGGAGAUCAUGGCCAUGUGGGACCACAACAGCAACGGCAUUGUGUACAUGACCGACGUUCUCCACGCGGCGCGGGCGCAGCAGACCAUGAGCAAGCAGCACCGGGUCAUCCGAAAGUUUCUCCUCGGGUCCGUGAUUUUCUUGUGCAUUUUAGCAAUUCUGAACUUCCUGAUGACCGCUUUAGCGAACGAGCAGUCAAAAGACAUGCACCCACGAGACCCGACAAAGGCAAGAAGGAGGAGAGCAUUGACGGAAGCAGAUAGCGCAGGAGUUGCUGGCUCAGAAUUAUCGAUUUUGUCGUCGAGCAGCAGCCUGUGGUCUGCUUCACUACAGGAAGUCGAUCAGUCACCAGCAGGAGCUGGUGCGAGAGGCCUACUGCUAGCAGCCGAAGCUGUGCCCGAUGAUGACGCUGCAGACGUGGCUUCCUGGUCUGUUAGUGCCCUACUAUCCCUUUGCGGUCUUCCAAAGCGCAUGAACAACUUUUUUUACCAGCUC